AUGUACCCACUGUUCCGGCUACUGAAGGUCGUGGACCGAGUGGCCGGGAAGAAGGCACGGGUGACGGCAGCGAGUACAGCUGCUGAUGGCUCGACGGUGUAUGUGGGUACAAGUACUGGCGAUGUGCUCAAGUAUGCCUUUGAGUCGGAACUCUCGCAGUCUUUGGAAGCUUCGGCGGCAGCGUCUUCGGCGGCGGCAGCGGUCUCGGCGUCAGCUUCGGCGUCGUCGGCAGGAGUCGGCGUGGCAGAGGCAGAUACCGCGAGAUCGACUUUGGAGAUCAAGAAGAACGUGGGCGGGAAGAAGAAGAUCGAGACUAUUCUCCCGCUGAAAGCCGCAGGCCAUUUGGUGGUCCUCGUCGGCGAGACCGUGGUCGUCCUGGAUGCCGUGAGCCUCAAGGCGGUCUCGCCGCCAUUUCCCUCGCCGCGACACGUUCUCUGCAUUGCGCUCGACGCCAAGUCUGGGCGAAAGCUUGUGGCAGUGACAAAGAAGCGGGCGUACGUGUACGAGUUCUCCACCACCAUCGGCGACUAUGUGCCGGUCAAAGAGUUUGCGGGCCUACCCGGCCCGGUCCUCUCCAUCGCCUGGUAUGGCGACACGCUUGCGCUUGGAUACAAGCGUGAGAUCUCGGCCAUCUCGGUCAAGUCGGGUAUCACGACGACGCUCUGUUCGCGCGAAGUGGCUCCGACCUCGCUGACCUCGAUCACCGCCGACGCGGCCGCCAUGACCUCAGCCAUGCUCACCACGCUGAAUCCCUUUGCGUCGUCGUCAUCGGGCGCCACAGCGAGCACUUCGUCGUUGCUCAUGGCGCCGGUCCCGGGCGUCGGCCUUAUUUUGGUAGUCCACAACAACAUGGGCGUGUGCUACAACCUCGACGGCUCGCUCUCGGGCCAUACGGUGACGUGGUCGCAGCCGCCGUCAGCGGUGGCGGUCGCCUGGCCGAAUCUCAUCGGCCUCCACGACGGGCUGGUUGAGGUUCGCUCGGUCGAGGACGCCGCCAUCCACCAGACGCUCUCGUUGCCCGAGGCGACUCACAUCGGGUCGACCGGCUCCGUCCUCACGCUCUUCUCGGGCGCCCGGGUCUGGCUCGGGCUCAAGAUCUCGUUCGAGGCUCAGCUCGCAGAGCUCAUCCGCGCGCGACGGUUCGACGACGCCAUCAUGCUGUUCCAGAUCCGCGUGCCGGCGUCGGUGCCGACCCGCGACAAGCAGAUGCAGCUCCUCUACGAGAACAUUGCUUUCCAAGCCCUUGUCGACGCCAACUACGAGCGGGCCUUUCAGUUCUUUGCCCUCUCCACUGUUGACGCGCGCGACCUGCUCCACGUCUUUGACAUGCUCCCGCAGAGCCAGGCCAGAUACGAGUCGCGGACCCGUCCGCUUCACGCCAUCCAGCGCAAGCUCUCUGCCCAGGCGCCACACAAGGCGCAUCCGCUGCUGGUGGCGUUUCUGGAAGACCAGCGGACGGUCGCCGCCCGCGGCGAGCCACUUGAGCCUCUGGUGGCACAAGCAGUGGACACUGCGCUGCUGAGGUUGUACAUUUCCAAGUCGCCGCACAAGCUCCGGCCGCUUCUCACCGGCGCGAACGCGGUGCUGGUCGACGACGCACGGGCAGCGCUGCGAGCGGCCAUCGACACCCGGACCCGAACCGGGCCGUACGACGCGCUUGCUGCACUCGAGGCCUCCGUCGGUAACUACACCGAGGCGCUCGAGGUGUGGGCGACGAUUGUAGCGGGCGAGUGCAUCGACCCGUCCUCGGGCGGAGCCCGGCCGGCCAUCGACGUGCUCGCGUCACUCGAGGGCGGCAGCGACGCGAGCUGGGAGCUCAUUGCCAAGUUUGCGCCUGCGCUGCUGCAGGCCGACACUUUUGCAGCUCUGGACGUGUUUGUCUCCCCGACGCGUAGUGUUCCGCUCGACCAUGACUCGGUCCUCGCCUUCCUGGCCAAGUUCGAGCCGCUGCCGUGGCACGCGCUUCAAGCGGCAUACCUGGCGCACAUGGUGAGCGCAUACCACGUUGCGCACGAGCAGUAUCACACCCGACUGGUCAACAUCUAUGUCGACAGCGUGGCGGCAUGCCGCGAUCCAGUCCAGGCUGCUGCCAUGGCGGAAGCUUGUACGGCUCACCCGGGCGCGCCCGCGUGCAGCGAGGCAGCGCUCCGGGCGCGACUCUUGGGAGCGCUGGAGGAGCUCCCUUUCUACGACGUUGAUCUCAUCCUUGAGCGGGUCAAGGACAUUGGCGGACUCACCACCGAGCUUGUGGCGCUCUACCGCAAAGUUGGCCACCACAACGCCGCGCUCCGGGUUCUUGUCCACGACGAGACCGACGACGCCGGUGCGCUUGCAUAUUGCGCUGCUAUCCACGAGGUUUACGUUCACGAAAAGGCGCAGGCCGAGCGGCUGGGAGUCCCGCUCUCGACGCUUGGUGUGGUGGCGUCGGACGUUUGGAUGGCGCUCCUCGCGGCGUACCUGACGCCUCCUGAAGGAACGCCGGCGCCACGGGCGAGAGCGCUCGAGGCGCAGGUUGUGGCGCUCCUCUCCUCACACGGAGUGCACUUUCCGCCAAGCCAAGUCCUUGACUUGCUCCCGCCGUCGAUGCCUGUAGCGCGGAUCGGCGACUACCUCGUGACGGCGCUGCGUCGCAAGGUGGCGGCGCAGCGGCGGGCGGCGGUGAGCGCGGCGCUCAACCGAUCGGUGCACAUGCAGGUGGCGCUUGCGGCGGCCAAGGCCCGGGCGCCGCGGUCGGUGGUGAACCACGAGACGCUUUGCUCGGUCUGCCACAAGCGGCUUGGCUCGAAUGUGUUUGCGCGGUACCCCAACGAGGUUGUUGUCCACCUCAAAUGCUGUCGUGAUCCGCACAUUUGCCCAGUCACCGGCGUCGACUUUCGGCCGAGGCCAAACCAAGGCCGAGCGGUUCGGGCACGGCGAUGGCAGGCAUGAGAGAGAGUAAACAGGGCUUGCUGG